GACAUCUUUGAUUGACAGCCGGAUGUUGGAAUUUUGUAUAAGUAUCGUUGCUCCGUGAGCAAACUUCCUCUGACUACAGUUCGAACAUGAAAGGGUUUCUAAUUUUUGUGCUCUUUGGAGCGCAAGUCUUUGGGAUAUCAGGCUAUAGUUCAGCUAAAGAAGGGCGUUGUCCACGGCCAAAAGGGAAUAUCGUUUGUGGCGUAAAGGCGCAACAAUGCUACAUGGACAUUGAUUGUACUGGUACACGAAAGUGUUGUAAUGAUGGUUGUGGAGGCUAUACCUGUAAACCUGCUAUUCUACCACCUCGACCUGUUCAAGCGCAAUGUAGUGUAGAUCCAGGUGUAGGAGAACGCAAUAAGCAAAAUCCAAAUUGUCUGAAAAAGAAGACGAAAUUCUGCUACAAGAGUGAUUGCAAAAGAUGCUGCCACACUACAUCUACUUGUAACCCCAAUCCUAGUGUUUACGCAUCUGUCGCUGAAUGCACCAAAGUACUCUGUGCAAAGAAAACGUGUUACACCCAAGGCGAAAUCUGUAUUAUGGAUAAGUACAAUCGACCCAAAUGCGUGUGUCCUACCAAAUGUCCAGCUCCACGAAGGGAUGAGACUGUUUGUGGUACUGAUAAAAUAACAUAUCCGAGUCGAUGUGAAAUGAACUUGACAGCCUGUGUUCUUGGUGACAUCAUUGGUGUAGCAUAUCCUGGAGAAUGCAGACGUGGACAAAAUACAGUUACGGUGAGCCCUUCACAUGUGAAGAAUCAAGUUUUGAAGGCUGGCAAAGCUGGUAAGAUCACAUGCCAGUUUGAAGGAGAUCCAAUUCAGAUAAUCUGGGAUAAAGUUGGCUUGGAGCGGCUACCCUCUGAUAGGAUGUUACCGCAAGAUAAUGUAUUGAAGGUGAAGACUGUCGUCACGAGUGACGCUGGUGUUUAUAUGUGCAGCGCAUUUGAUGGCGUUCGUUCUAUAGUGGCAUCAGUCAAUGUGUCAGUCCAAGAACCCAAGAUCAUAACGUUAAAAGCCAUCAAACCAAGGARCGUUUGCCUAAAAAACAAGCUUAUUGGCACCGGUAGCAGAUUCGUCGUACGAUUCUUUUUCAAUUCUGCUACUCGUCUUUGUGAGGCAUUUGUCUUCAGUGGAGAUGGAGGAAACGAAAACAACUUUCUCGAUAAAGAAUCCUGCAUAAGAUCCUGCUUCCACUCAGCUACUGACAUUUGCAAUCUUCCCAAGAGGCCUGGACCUUGUAUGGCAAGAUUUCAGAAAUGGUACUACGACACGAGACAAGCUAAAUGCAAGAUGUUUGUUUAUGGUGGUUGUCGUGGCAACGCCAACAAUUUUGACAGCAAGAAGGCCUGCUUAGUAAGCUGUUCAGCCAAACACGUGUGUAGUCUACCAAAAGCCCUGGGUGCAUGUACCGGACAUACCGCCCGGUAUUACUUUGAUGCCGCUUCAAACUCAUGCAAGAAGUUCAUUUACAGUGGCUGCGAUGGGAACGCUAACAGAUUCCACUCACUCAAACGCUGUGAGAGGAAAUGCAAGAAAAAAGCUGUGCAAUUGGGUGUCAACUUGAAAGUUAAACCAGGAGUGUGCCGAGAGCCAAAGUUCGAUGUCGGUAGCUGUUCGGAUAUCAGUAGGGAUUCCUGUAUGUCCGACAUGGACUGCCAAGGGAAAUCCAAGUGCUGUUUUGAUGGUUGUCACAGAUCAUGCUCAGAGCCUCUAAAGAUGGCAAGAACUGCUGGCCGUCGGGAAAAACUUGGUCAAUGCCCUGCUCCAAAGUUUUCUAAAGUGACUUGCCAGAACAGAUACCAGAGUGAUGUUUGCCAAGCCGAUCAUGAAUGCCCUGGAAUGCACAAGUGCUGCCACAACGGGUGCUAUUUCGAUUGUUCGUUACCCAAGAAAAUGCCCAAUGGAAGACCAAAACCAGGAAUUUGCCCUGCACCGAGUAAUGGACUUAAUCCUGCAUCCUGCAAAACAACCACCCAUGAAUGUUCUAAAGAUAAUGACUGCUUUGGCCGUCAAAAGUGCUGUAACAAUGGCUGCCAUCGUGAGUGUAUGAAUGCCCCGACUUACAAACCCAAACCUGGUCAAUGCCCAAUUCAAGAUGCGAUUGAAGCUGAGAACUGCCAAGAUACACAAGAUGACUGUUCGUAUGACAAUCAGUGUAAUGGUAUAAGUAAAUGCUGUUUUACUGGAUGCAAAAUGGAAUGUUUAAGCCCACCUGGAAUCAAGCCUGGUGUUUGUCCAAAGCCCUGGAAAGGACUGGACGGUAUUUGUGAUCGACGAGGAGAUAUGUGCGGUGUUGACUAUGACUGUAAGGGCGAGGAAAAAUGCUGUCACAACGGCUGUCAAAAAGACUGUGUCUCUACCAAAGGCAAGGCCGAGAAGGACAAAAAGCCAGCAGGAAGAUGCCCAAAACCAUGGAAAAACACGAGGUUUUGUGACAGGAUGGGCGAUAGAUGCAGCACCGACAAAGACUGUUUUGGCAAUUUCAGAUGUUGCUUCAAUGGCUGCCAGAAAGACUGUGUUAGACCAGUUAACCUUACAAAAUGUCAGGUAGAAAAACAAAGAGCGAUGGAUCAACUCUCUGACGAACUGCCGCCUAUUGGGGUAUUCGUGCCAAGCUGCACACAAGAUGGUUUCUAUAAGAAGGUGCAAUGCCAUGGAUCGGUUGGGCAAUGCUGGUGUGUGCAUGAAAAUGGAACGGAAAUCGCUGGGACUAGAGUUAGAGGAAAACCAAACUGUGAUGUCAAAGUUCCAAGCGAGCGCCAAGGACAAUGCCCAAAUCCCUGGAAAGGUUCAAGAGGUUUCUGUGAUUUCCGUGGUGAUGCAUGUGACAAUGACAGCCAAUGUCCCUUCAUUCAAAAGUGCUGCAACAAUGGAUGCCAGAGAGAUUGCGUUUACCCAGAUGGAAUGUCACCAUGUCAUAAACAUCGAAAGUCUAAUAGUGGCUUAUUAGGAUUGGUUGGCCAAUUUACCCCCAAAUGUCGAGCUGAUGGUUUCUAUGAAAGCAUCCAAUGCCAUGGUUCAACUGGACACUGUUGGUGUGUGGAUAUAUACGGCAAUGAACUUCCUAAUACACGCAUAAGAGGAAGUCCAAACUGUAACAAUCCUGUUGUCGGUUCUGGUUUUGGCGUACCAGGACGUUGCCCAGAUCCUACCAAAGGCAAGAAUGGUAUCUGUGACAAAAUGGGGGAUGAAUGUACAAUAGAUUCAACAUGCAGUGGACCCAAUCAGAAGUGCUGUUUUAAUGGCUGUCAAAGGCAGUGUUUAGAGGCCAUUCCUCUACCUACCGAGCCAGUGUUGACGCUUUGCCAAAAGAAACUGAAAGCAGCAAAUGGACCAUUCGGAGUACCAGCUCCUGGAACAUUUAUCCCAUCGUGUAAACCUGAUGGCAGUUUUAACGAAAGACAGUGUCAUAGUUCAGUUGGAGAUUGUUGGUGUGUUCAUAGUAAAACCGGAGAAGAAAUAGUGAGCACUCGAAUCAGCAUACGCGGAGCACAACCACCUCCUGACUGCAGUGAUGCAGGACUUACCAAGUGCCAAAGACACUAUCGAGAUUCACUAGACCUUCCACCAAUAGGACGAUUUCAACCAAGCUGCGAGGAUAGCGGUAAAUACGAGAGCAUGCAAUGCCACGGUUCUACUGGACACUGUUGGUGCGUUGACGAAGCUGGCUCUGAAUUGACAGGAACCCGUAUUCGUGGAAGACCAGACUGCACCCCAAAGGUGGAUCCAUGUGCUCGAGUAAGAUGUCCUUACUAUGGGCGUUGUAUGGCUUCAAAAGAGGGCAGUACAUCAUGUGUGUGUUCAAAGUUUUGUACCUUUGAAUAUAUGCCCAUAUGUGGCUCCGAUGGCAAGACUUAUGGCAAUGAAUGUGAAAUGAAAACAAGUAUAUGCACGUCUAAAAAGAUGAUAACCGUAGCAUCGAGAGGAGAAUGUCCUAAAGGGGGUAACAAUUCUUGUAGCUCACGUAUAAAAUGCAGUCAUCCAAUGCAGUCUUGCUUCAUGAGAAACUCGAUGCCAGUUUGCGAAUGCCGCACGAUGAAAUGCAGUACUUUGAAGGAUUAUGUGUGUGGAACAGACAAUAAGACCUACACAAACAAAUGUAUGAUGGAUUCUUAUGCAUGUCAACACAGCCUGAACAUCAAGGUGGCUCACAAUGGGCAAUGCAAAGGUAUCGUAUCCGAUCCUUGCAGCGUCUCUCUGUGUAGCCAUCCUCAACACACCUGCAUGAACAUCAACGACACAGCUGUUUGCGAGUGUCGUCAGGUUAGCACAUUGGAAUAUGACCCUAAAUGUGCAUCCGAUGGCAAGACGUAUCCGAACCAGAUGACCAUGGAGAACGCUGGUUGUGAGAAAAACAUGAUUCUAACGGUUGUGAAAAAUGGAGAAUGUGAAACUAUUGAAAAACUUGGUAGCUGCCCAGCCAUGUGGGAUGUCAGUGGGGUUUGCGAAAGCCGAGGAAAUAUGUGUGAAGAUGAUGGUGGCUGCAAUGGAACAAUGAAGUGCUGCUUCAGUGGCUGUCAGAGAGAUUGUGUUAAUACAGCAGACUACCUGAGCUGUAGUGAAAAUUGCGGGCAAUACAAGCAAUGUGUCGGCUUUGCUGACGGAUCGACACGAUGUCUUUGUAAGAAGGGGACAAUAAUGGAGGGAGACACUUGUAAACUUGCUGACCAAGUUGCACCACCCAAACCAAUAGAUCCAUGUGAAAUAAGCUUGUGUAGUUUCCCACAUUCCAAGUGUAUAGUGGUUAAUGGCACAGCUACUUGUGAGUGUCCUAAGUACUGUACACGUGAACUGAUGCCUGUCUGUGGCAGUGAUGGCAAAACCUAUGACAACAUGUGUCUGCUAGAGGUCGAAGCUUGCAAGCCUGAAAACACUGAUCAACUGCAGCUAAAUCACCAAGGAGAAUGUAAAAAAAGAGCUUCAGAUGAUAUCUGUGCCACAACACUUUGCAGUCACCCGAUGCAAAAAUGCAUAAAUAAGAAUGGUCAAGUUACUUGUGAAUGUCCUAUGUUUGGUUGUGUCGCUAUCUACGCACCCGUCUGUGGUUCUGACGGUAAAACAUAUCCAAGCAACUGUACUCUAGCAGCAGCAGGAUGCCGCAAAAGUCAAAAUAUCAAAGUCGUUAGUCAAGGACCAUGCCCAGAAAAACUUAGUUUGCAACCACCAGACCCUUGCAGCUUCUCUCUGUGUAGCCAUCCUCAACACACCUGCCAGAACAUCAACAACACAGCCGUUUGCAAGUGUCGUGAGGUUACCACAAUGGAAUAUGACCCCAAGUGUGCAUCCGAUGGCAAGACUUAUCCGAACGUGAUGUCUAUGGAGAACGCUGGUUGUAAAAAGAAUAUGAUACUAAAAGUCGUCAAGGAUGGCAAAUGUGAAGAAGUAAAGAAGGCCGGGACAUGUCCUGCACCUUGGACAGGUUUGAAUGGCUUGUGUAACCAACGUGGAAGUAUGUGUGACGAUGAUACAAACUGUGCAGGAGCUUCCAAGUGCUGUGAUAAUGGAUGUCAAAGGGAUUGUAUUAACGUAGCAGAUAACAUUAAGUGCGAUGAGGAUUGUGGUCCAAAUAAACAGUGUGUUGGUUUUCCUGAUGGUUCAACACGUUGCCUUUGUAAAAAGGGAACGGUGAUGAAAAUGGAUGGAACAUGUACAGCUGCCUCAUCAAAUAAAACCAUCAAUCCUUGUGACAUGAGUCUUUGUGCAUUCCCCACUAUUAACUGUGUGGUCGUCAACAACACUGCUACCUGUGAAUGUCCUAAGGCUUGUACGAGAGAAUAUAGACCCGUGUGUGGUACGGACGGUAAGACAUAUGGUAACAUGUGUACCCUGACCACUGCUGCCUGUAAACCAGAGAACAAAGAUACCCUGAAGCUUGCUCAUAAUGGACCUUGCCCAACUGCUUCAUCUGAUAAAGCAAUCAAUCCUUGUGAAAUAAGUCUUUGUGCAUUCCCCACUAUUAACUGUGUGGUCGUCAACAACACUGCUACCUGUGAAUGUCCUAAGGCUUGUACGUUAGAAUAUAGACCCGUGUGUGGUACGGACGGUAAGACAUACGGUAACAUGUGUACUCUUGCCGCUGCUGCCUGUAAACCAGAGAACAAAGAUACCCUGAAGGUUGCUUAUGAUGGUGCUUGCCGCGAUAAUAAUGAGUGCGAAAACGAAGAGGCACAAUGUAGUGAAUAUGCUGAUUGUAUUAAUACACGAGGCUCGUAUGUUUGUCGAUGUAUCCCUGGAUUCACAGGCGAUGGCAAGACCUGUAGAGCUGUCCAAUCAAAUAAAGCCGUCAAUCCUUGUGACAUGAGUCUUUGUGCAUUCCCCACUAUUAACUGUGUGGUCGUCAACAACACUGCUACCUGUGAAUGUCCUAAGGCUUGUACGAGAGAAUACAGACCCGUGUGUGGUACGGAUGGUAAUACAUAUAGUAACAUGUGUACCCUGGCCACAGCUGCCUGUAAACCAGAGAACAAAGAUACCCUGAAGGUUGCUUAUGAUGGUGCUUGUCGCGGUGGACCACCAGCACCUCCUGCAUCCAAAGCCGGUACUUGUCCUCCAACGGAUCCCCGUCCUUGUCCACCUAUUGCUAGGCCAGGAAGAGGCUGCACAAAUGACAUGGGGUGCCCAGGGCAAAGCAAAUGCUGUCAUGAUGGAUGUAGUAGAAGGUGUAUCCUACCAUUUGCUCCACGUGGAACACCAGCACCUCCCGCAUCCAAAGCCGGUACUUGUCCUCCAACGGACCCCCAUCCUUGUCCACUUAAUGCUAGGCCAGGAGGAGGCUGCACAAAUGACAUGGGGUGCCCAGGGCAAAGCAAAUGCUGUCAUGAUGGAUGUAGUAGAAGGUGUAUUCCACCGUUUGCUCCACGAGGGUGCCCUAUAAUAAAGAACCAAAAAGCUUGUCUUACCAAAUACGAUCGAAAGGAAUAUUGCAAGACUGAUUCAAACUGUCCCAGAGGCCAAAAGUGCUGCUUUGAUGGAUGUAUCAAGAGAUGUGAUUUCUUCAAUCCCCUCCCACCCGGUUCCAUGCCCGGAGGUAACCAUGGCGGGGCACCGGGUGGUAACCAUGGCGGAGCCCCGGGUGGUAAAGAUUCCCCACCUCGUGUCUCUCCACCCGGAUCAUCACAGCCAGGAAAAAGAUAAACGGAAACAAUUCAACGAAAAUAAUCCUGCUUUWAAUGGACCAAAGAUGGAAACUGAUUGAUUUUGAAAGCAAUUUUAACUUGAUUAUUCUUAUAACUUCUUGAAAAUUUGAAAAUUGAAAAUUAGCAUCAAGCAAAUUUUUUUUCCAUAAUUUUAAUUUUUUUAUAGUCCUUUUUUUAGUAGUUAAUUAUAAAACUUAGCACACGCGGAUUUUUAAGUCGCGCCUUAUCGCAAAACACAAACUUUUCAAGAUCACGUGAUUAUAGAAUGUCAUGGAAACGCCUUGAUUGACGCACUAAGAACUUCCUCAAGACAAAGAUUGAAUUUCACGUGUACUAAUCAACUACUAUUAACUAGUGUAAACUGUGGUUUUAUUUGUUUUUAUUCCAUUGGUUCUUUACCUGAGCUGCACGUAUUGUCACGAAUAGUGCUUGUUAAUUCUGGUACAAUUUUUACUGUUUUAUAGAAUAAUUAAUAACAAUCUUUUAUCAUUUCAUAGUUUCUCAUCAUUCCAUGCUUGCUGUUUGUUAAUAAACCUUCCAUAAAUUUAA